UGUCUCAAAAUAAUAACAUAAACGUGAAACAAUUCAGACUUUGGUGCGAUCUGCUCGAAGAAGAUCUCAAGAUCUUACAUCAAGAGAACUAAUAUCAAUAGAUACGUAACACUUAAUACGUCAUGAUGAAUCUCCCGUCCCUCGUAAAAAUACAAAGCUGGCAACACGUGAUUAGAGACAAACCGUAGUUGUAUUCGUUCUCAAUACGAAAGAGAGAGAGAAAGAAGAAGGAAAGAUUCAUUCCAUUGAAUCGAGUGAAACUAGGAUUCGAAUUUUUACGGAAUCAAAGUACAAAUUCCAAGAAUCGAACAUGUGAUUUCUCCGCGAGAUUAGAGUUUCGUCGUGUUAUCAGUUAUCUCCGUGAUUUCGAAUCAACUUAGGCUAGUCGAGAUUCGCGCGUAGCGAAGCUCGAGAAAAAGAAAAAUAGCGAAGCGCCGACGCAAAGUAUAUAAAAAAAGUGGCAGGUGGAGAAAGAAUAUAUUCAGAGUGGAGGGAAUAUUAAGAGAUACACACACACACACACACACAUAUAUAUAUAAUAGGUGAUAUACAUAUUUAAGGCUGCCAUGCUUGCUCCCCACCGUGCCCUCCAGUCGUACGCACAUUUCAUAAGGACUAUACACUCGCUACAGUCGGCUAGUUACCACGGUGUCACAUCACCAUCAUCGUCAUCGUCCUCACUCGAAUCCGAUUGUCAUCAUCGUCAUCAUUUAUUGCGAAAUCCGUCUUCGACAGAACCGCUCGCAAAGAUCCUCAGCGCUUCGUUCACGACAAUGGCAAAAAUAAAGGCAGGCCCAGUCGUCGACAUUCUUGGCGAUGAGAUGACACGUAUCAUAUGGGAUUCGAUCAAAGAGAAACUCAUCUUGCCCUACUUAGACAUUGAGAUGCAUACAUAUGACUUGGGUAUUGAAAAUCGCGACGCCACGAAUGACAAAGUGACAGUGGAAUGCGCCGAGGCGAUCAAACGUUACAAUAUUGGUAUUAAAUGCGCCACUAUUACACCUGAUGAAAAACGCGUGGAGGAAUUCAAACUAAAACAAAUGUGGAAGAGUCCAAACGGCACCAUCAGGAACAUCCUGGGAGGUACAGUAUUUCGCGAGGCAAUCAUUUGCAAGAACAUACCGCGUUUAGUGAUUUGCUGGAAGGAACCAAUCAUCAUUGGCAGACAUGCACAUGCUGAUCAAUACAAAGCCACAGAUUUUGUGGUGCCAGGUCCAGGAAAACUGGAGAUUACAUGGACCGGGACUUCUGGCGAGCAGAUCCAGCAUAUCGUCCACGAUUUUAAGGGUCCUGGUAUCGCCCAGGCUCAAUACAACACUGAUGAGAGCAUUCGCGCCUUUGCUCAUAGUUCAUUCCAAUAUGCGCUAUCACGUAAUUAUCCACUAUAUCUGUCCACGAAGAACACGAUUCUCAAGAAGUACGAUGGUCGCUUCAAGGACAUAUUCCAAGAGAUCUAUGAUAAAGAAUAUAAACAGCAGUUCGAAGCAAAGAAGUUAUGGUAUGAGCACCGGCUGAUUGAUGACAUGGUGGCGUACGCUAUGAAGUCCGAUGGUGGCUUCGUAUGGUCUUGCAAGAACUACGAUGGCGACGUGCAAUCAGACUCGGUAGCACAGGGCUAUGGCUCUCUGGGCAUGAUGACGUCUGUCCUCGUGUGCCCGGAUGGUCGCACGAUUGAAGCCGAAGCUGCUCAUGGUACUGUCACACGUCAUUAUCGUCAACACCAGCAAGGCAACGAGACAUCCACUAAUCCGAUUGCCUCCAUUUUUGCAUGGACUCGUGGUCUACUGCAUCGUGCCAAGCUUGAUGAUAAUGCGAAGCUAAAACACUUUGCCGAAACACUGGAGAAAAUCUGCGUCGAUACCAUUGAAUCUGGUUAUUUUACCAAGGACCUCGCCAUUUGCAUCAAGGGCAUGAACAAUGUUACCAGAGCCGAUUAUUUGGAAACAUUCGAGUUUAUGGAUAAACUCGCCGAGAAUCUAAAGAAGCAGCUUGACGCGUGACUCGCCGGCGAUGACGAGGAAUGUAGCCUACGAGCCAAGUAUUAAGUUGUCAUUCGCAUUACAGCAAGAGGAAGGAAAUAUCUAUGUGGUUACGGGAAAAAGAUUCAGCUUCAAUGAGACAUGAUAUAGAUAAUAUAUAUAACAUAUAAUAUAUUUGCAUAUAUAUAAGAUUAUACUACAAUUAAAUUUUAUUUGGUGUGCGCCGCUCUCGAUUCAUCUUAUUUAUCUGAUGGGGCGUUAAUCAGACCAUGUAUUUCGUAAAAUGUUGUGAAGAACCGAUUUUUCUCGAUGGCUAUGAAAUACAAAAAGCUGAUAAUGAUAUGAUAAUGAUAUGAGAUAAUGAUAUUUGCUAAGGAUUGGAUCAAUUGUUCAACUCGGCUAAAUAAUCGAAAUAAUAUAAAUUAUCAUCAGUCAUAGUGGCAUUUUAGAAUUUAUACAUCACUACAAAUAUAGAAUAAUUUAACAAAGCAGACGAAUUUAGCACUGGUCUAUUAGGGAACACAAAAUGAGUUGUGCAAAUAAUUGUAUAGAUUUUUAAACUUAAACUUUUUUUUAAUCUUUAUUAUUUUAAAACUUUAUAUACUGACGUUACAGAUAUAUACAUAAUGAAUUACUUUGUAUCAGAAUCUAAUCGCAUUAUAUUGAGAUAUUAUGUAUUAUAAAUGUUGCAUCUUGAAUAAUAUAGCAUUGCACUCUUUGAAAAUCAUUUUUGAAAAAAAUUGCAUUGCGUGAUCUAUCGCGUAGGAAAUAACAACUUCGUAAUCAGUAACAGUCGUUAUCAGCUAUCAGCUCUCACGAUUACUUAAUUUCACUCGUUUUACGAAUGAACGUAAAGCUCUGUCAAAAUAACAAUUUUCAUUUUGUUGCAAUUCGAA